AUGAACGAUUUCGACGGUUUAUUAUGUACUGAUUUUAAGCUGAAACAACAGGGUAAAUCGGCGCCAAUCUCAUCCAAAGGAUCUUUAAAUUUCACCAAAACUUCUUCCCUUAACUUCGAUUCAACUUUGCGAUCCUCUCGCUCUCACAAUCAAGAUUCCGCUCUAUUCUCCGAUCUCUUCAAUGUCGAUUCCAUUUCUCGCAGCUCCAGCUCCGGUUUCGCUCCACAUUCCGUCAACUCGCCUGUCUACGAUAAACCUGUUUACGAUGAUGAGAGUGUCUCUCGGGCCACUGCGUUUGACGAUCUUCUCGGCGGAUUCGGUCAUUCGAAGAAAACCGUGAAGAAUGAGAAAGGCGUGGAUGAUUUUGAUGAUCUGAUCUCUGGAUUUGGGAACAGUAAGCCUUCCUCCCGUCAAAGGCCCACUCCUGAUACUGUUUCAUCAUCGGAAUCUACUUUCAGUGCAUCUAAAACAAUCUCUAAUACAACAGAAGACACUUUCAAAAUAUUUGAAUCAGCUUCUGCUCCAACUGGUUCAUCCUCAGGCCAUUUUACAGACCCAUUAGAAGAAAUUAGUAAAUUUACUAGUUCUAGAAGCACAAAAACUUAUAGUUCAUCAAAUUCUAAUGGUGUUGUAUAUGAUAAUACUGAUCCCUUUGAUGGACUUGGAAAUUCAGUACCAGCAUUUUCAUCAGAGAGGACCUACAGGAAUGGUACCAGUUCACUGAUGCCGAGGUCAAACACAAGUUCAAGUUGGACCAGAGAUAAAGAAUCAUUUGAAAAAUUGUCUGUCAGGAGUCCUGAUAGACGGACACAUAACAGAAUUCCUGUUGAACAUGACCAGGAGUUUCAUCAAACUCCAUACGGCAUGCCUACAUAUUCAUCUGAUUCGAAUAAACCAGUAUUUGGCCAAAGGUCUACUUCCCCUUUUUAUGCUAAUGAUGGUUUUAGACAAGUCGAUUCCCGGGUAGACAUGUCUCCAAAAUAUGAAGAAAAGUUGGUCUCAGAAGAUGAUAUAUGGCUAACGGUAUUAGAGAUUCCUCUUUCCACACAACCAACUGCUGCUCCACCACCUUUAAGACCGCCUCCUCCUCGACCAGUUCAUAUCCCCAAGUCAGAAACUGGUUCACCAGCUUUUGUCAAUGUCAGGAAAGAGAACGGAUUUUCUUCUGUCCCAAGUUCCACUCGAUGUUCUCAGGAUCCUAAAUAUGCUCCUGCUACAGCCAAGUCAUCUUCUGCAUCGCAGUUUGAUGAACCUAAAGAUUUUACCAUGGCCAGGAGUCACGGUGAUGAUGAUGAACGUGAAAAUGGUGAUCCUGAUGAAGAAUUAGAGAUGAACUCAGCUGCUACAGCUAUGAAGGAGGCGAUGGAGAGAGCUGAAUUUAAAUUUAGGCAUGCAAAGGAAGUUAGGGGGAGAGAGAAUACAAAACCUGCUCGAAGCAAAGAAUCCAUACAUUCGGAGAAAGGUGACAGAGCCGUGCCAGAGGGGAGAGGCAGGUUAGACCAUGAGCAGAAGCAAAAGGAGAUGGAGGAAAUGGAGCGAAGAAGAAUUGAGAGGAAAAUGGAGGAGAAAGAAAGAGAACAACGGCGACUUGAGAGAGAAAGAGAAAAAGAAAGACAGGCUGUGGAAAGAGCUACUAGAGAAGCACGUGAAAGAGCAGCUGCUGUAGCUCGCCAAAGAGCUGAGAAGGCUGCUGUUGAGAAAGCUAAUGCAGAAGCUAGAGUGCGUGCUGAAAGGGCCGCAGUUCAGAGAGUACAAGCUGAAGCCCGUGAAAGGGCUGCUGCUGAAGCAAAGGAAAGGGCUGAAAAGGCUGCUGCAGGGGCAAAGGGGAGAGAAGCACGAGAAAGAGCUGCAGCUGGAAGGACUGAAGCUGAAAUGCGAGUUAAAGUAGAACGUGCUGCUGUAGAAAGGGCUGCCGCAGAGGCCCGAGAAAGAGCUGCAGCUGCUGCAAGAAUGUACCAGCAAAAAAAGGAAAACGAUCUUGAGUCGUUCUUCAGCAUGAGCGGACGGGCCAACAGUGCUCCAAGACCUCCUAGAUCUAGCUCUUCUGAUUCAACUUUUGAUGCCCAGUUUCAGCCAGAUGUAAGUCGAAAAUCUACAAGCACGUCAUCAAACGUAAAGAAGGCAUCGUCAUCAAAUAAUAUUGUCCAUGAUCUUUCCUCAAUUUUCGGCGCUUCUUCUUCAGCUGGAGGAUUUCAGGAAAUUGAAGGGGAAAGUGAAGAAAGACGAAAAGCCAGGUUGGAACGCCUUCAAAGGGCUCAGGAGCGCGCGACAAUAGCAUUGGCCGAGAAGAAUCAACGGGACUUACAGACUCAAAGAGAGCAGGCUGAGAGGCAUAGGUUUGCUGAAACACUGGAUUUUGAAGUUAAACGCUGGGCUGCGGGAAAAGAGGGGAACUUGCGAGCUUUACUCUCCACCCUACAAUAUGUAUUAUGGCCUGAAUGUGGUUGGCAAGCAGUUUCUUUGACUGAUCUUAUUACAGCUGCUACUGUUAAAAAGGCUUAUCGGAAAGCUACACUGUGCAUUCAUCCUGAUAAAGUGCAGCAGAAGGGUGCCACUCUUCAACAGAAGUAUAUUGCAGAGAAGGUUUUUGAUCUACUAAAGGAGGCAUGGAAUAAGUUCAACUCAGAGGAGCUUUUUUAA